AUGAUAGAAGGCCUCAAUACCAUUUCUGACCUUUUACGUGUGUACAGAGUUAUAGAAGAGCAGUAUCUACGGGAUGCCAAUAAGAUUGCUGAUCCAGGCUUCGUCCAGGCUGUCGUAGAGCUCUAUUCCAAUAUCUUCGAGUAUCAAUUUCGGCUGAUUUGCCAUCUAUCUCGGAGUUCAGCCAAGCGAGCCUUUCGGAGCACACUGGAGCUGGACAAGUGGGGAGACAUGCUGAAAAAGGUCCAAACCUCCAACGACAGUUGUGAGAAGUAUUGUACACUCUCCGACAGAGAGAGAGAAAAAACAUUCUACAACAAUGCACAGACUCAUAUGGUGCAAUCACUUGAUAUCCAGAAACGCAUCUUGGACAUGUUUGAAGCAUCUCAAGCAAGCGGACAGCAAGAUCGUCGAGAGGACAAAGAGGACAAACUACUUGAGUCUCUGGCAUCCGAUUAUAAAAGUGAUAAGGACUCGGUUUCAGUAAGAGUUCCAGGUACCUGCGAGUGGUUCUUUGAGGAUAAAAGGUUCCUGGAGUGGCGGGACAAUGAGCACUCAAGACUUCUCUGGGUCUCUGCGGGCCCCGGAUGCGGGAAGUCUGUGCUGUCGCGAUCCUUGAUCGACGAUAGGAGAGUCUGUACUAGUGCUAUGACUUCGACCGUCUGCUACUUUUUCUUCAAGGAUGGCCAAGAACAACGUAUGCGUGGCGCUAAUGCGCUGAGUGCUAUGCUUCACCAGCUCUUUGAGAACACCGCUCUCAUUAGCCAUGCGCUUCCGAAGGCUAGGACCCAUGGUACGAAGCUACGAGAUGCAUUCGGCGAGUUGUGGGAGAUUCUAACCAAAUGCGCUCAAGAUUCAGAAGCAGGCGAAAUCAUUUGCAUCAUCGAUGCUCUGGAUGAGUGCGAAAAGCAUUCAAGGUGUCAACUACAGGACGAGCUAGUGAGAUUUUCCUCACAAGUAGACAAGAGUUCUUCACACAAACUCAAGUUCCUUGUGACCAGUCGUCCUUACGAUGACUUGGAGGAUGGUUUUCGACCACUCUCAGAUGUCAGCACCUAUCUCCAUUUUGAUGAGGACGAUAAAUCACAGAGAAUCGGCCAGGAUAUCGAUCUGGUAAUUGAUCACGAAAUGCCACGUAUUGCGAAAGGCUUCAGUGCUGAGCAUUGCAAUAGCAUCACUAAAAGGUUAAAGAAGAUGAACAAUCGCACCUAUCUUUGGCUUUUUCUGACGAUCGAUAUCAUCACGAGAUCUCCGAGUGCAUACGGCAAGGAAUCGGAUAUAGGUUCACUAUUAUCCGAUCUGCCGUCAGAAGUCUCUAGUGCAUACGAAAAGAUUUUAUCUAGGAGCUCAGACCCAGAGCGAGCUCGAAUUCUGCUUCAGCUUAUUAUGGCAGCCACAAGGCCGCUUAGCCUCCAGGAAGUCAAUGUUGCCUUGACAUUAGCAACUCAGAAAGAAAAUUGCACAUCGUACAAACAACUUGACUUAUGGCCCCCAGAGAAUUUCAAAUCCACUAUUCAGAAUAUAUGCGGUCUCUUCGUUAGCGUUCACGAUGGAAAGGUAUCCUUGAUUCAUCAGACUGCAAGAGAGUUCCUCCUUAUUCGAAACACCGAAUUGCCUUCAAACAAGUGGCAAGGAUACUUAGAUAUGACAACGGCCCAUUGCACAAUGUUCCAGAUCUGCCUCGACUACCUUAACUUACAUGAAUUCGCUAUACCUGUGGACCAGCUGGAUCCAGACAAUCCUCUCCAACAAAGGGAUGAACUCUUCAAAUAUGCGGCUCUCAACUGGGCUAUUCAUUAUGUUUCACAGGAUAGCGAACGAGUCAAAGAUUCAUGUGGCGCUGCAAAACUAUGCGAUAUAUCACUACCGCAAAGAAGUGACUGGUUCGACACAUACUGUGGUGAGGCUUACCUAAUAUCCUGCGCAGUGGAAUAG